GCACUGACGCCAGGACCUAAUUGAGGACAGCAUGUCCUCAUUCGUGUCCCUGUGAUAAGGGCCAUCCCGGCUGCAAGCUGGAGGAGAGCGGGAUAAAAGAGGGGCUUUGAUGAUUCAUUCACACUCUUUUUUUUCCUCCUUCGCCAAGCCACCUCUCCCUGCGCUGUGCUGAACAAACCCCAGGCACACCUGCAAAGCAUCCCUAUUGUCAGCCCCUUUGCAUGGGAUAUUAACACAAUGCAAGCUCCCCUGACAUUUCCAUAUUGGCUGCUGCCAUGGUACUGCUCUUGGGGACGCGUCGCGAGCAAUCGUGUGUUGGUUAAGCAUCUCUGCUUCCCUGCUGUUCGCCCCCCUUCUCCCUCUCUCUCACUCUCUCCCUAUCCCACGCUCCCUCACACUAUCACACCGAUGCGAGCAGCGUGUGUACUGAUUCCCACUCCCGGGCAACAACAGAUAGCUCUGCGCAAGAGAGAACAAAAAAAAGCCCUCUAAACCGCUGCUGGGUGGAACAGCCGAGCGAGCAGCUUCUGCCUCCUGCUCCCAGCCGACAUCUGCCGAGACCCACCUUGCACCUGUUCCCCGGGCUGUACGCACUGAAGAUCACUCACCAUGAAAACCAGGCUAGGCUGCCUAUCCAAUAAGUCGGACUCCUGUAAUGAUUUCUCUGAAUUCUUGCCACCUGCACAGGACAGGUCGGCUAAAUGUGUAAAGUUAUCAACUGAAGAAGUCACAAGCUGGGCUGAUUCAUUUGACAUUCUUCUGUCUAACAAGUAUGGCUUGACGGCCUUCAGAACCUUUCUUAAGUCAGAGUUCAGCGAUGAGAACAUUGAGUUCUGGCUGGCAUGUGAAGACUAUAAAAAGAUCAAAUCACCUGCAAAACUCAUGUCAAAAGCUGAGAAGAUUUACAAAGAGUUCAUCGAUGUUCAGGCACCAAGAGAGAUAAAUAUUGACUUCAGGACAAGAGAGGAGACCAAGCUAGGUCUUCAAGAGCCAACUCCAAUCAGCCUCAAUCUGGUGCAAGCCAGAGUGUAUAGUCUGAUGGAGAAAGACUCUUAUCCACGAUUUCUGCGAUCCAAACUCUAUCAAGACUUGCUUAAUAAGACUCAUAUACACUGUCAAAGGAAGUCAGUUUGAGGAAAAGCUUCAAGGUAUCAUGGAUAUCACUGAUGGACAAUGAAAUUCAGCAUCCAUGUGCCAUGUUCAUUUAAUUGUUGACUGUACUGAAAAUGCAUUUCAUGGAAUCCUGACAAGUUUAUUUUAGAGAAGAAACAUCACAACCAUACAUUGUACCUUUUAGCGAUCAUUUUGUGAAAAAAAAGGUGAACUGAAUCUUUGGAUGAUUUCACAUUUAGAGUAGAACAACUGAUUUAAAUGUAACUGUUUAUUUUAGAGGUUACGUGCAAACAAAAUCAGUGGUUUUGUUAAAUGUGUUGCUUUUAAUGGUAUGGUCAGCCUUUCAUAGUUUAGUCAGAUAUGAUGUUUUUGCUUAUUCUUUUUAAGCUAUUCUGAGCACAAUGACAGAGUUCAAAAGAAGGUGACUGGACAGAAAGUCUACCCUGGGAAUCCAGAGUUCUCGCGGAAGCAUUUGCUUAGCGAGAGACUCUGGCAACGAGAUGCACGUAAUGAUGCACGUAACUUUUGCCCCUUGCAUCGCGGGGAACCAAUCAUAUCUGUGACCCUUAAUCUUUCAUAUUGGGUCUGGUUCUCUAGGCUACAGAACUGCCGUCAUUCCCUUCUAAUUGGCAGACACAUACAUCAGUCAAGGACAGGCCUCAUCUGAGGAGAUAUUUCAAUGACAUUCCUCUGUUUUUUUUAUAUUCAUGGCUACCUUUUUCUAUAUUUUUCUUGCUUAAUGAAUUAUUGAUAGCUUGAGCCUAUACAAAUGAAAAAUAUGUUACAAUCAUCCUGUUACAUAUCAAAUAAGACAAUGUGCCUGUAUAUAGUAGCCUAGCCAGAUGUUCUUCGAUCAAUCAAUGUUUAUUUCUACAGUCUGCAUGUUUUCUGGAUUGCACAAACCAGAUAUCAAUACUGAGUUUCCAGACAGAAAAUCCGUUAAACCGUUAAAAAUCCCGUUAAACACCAAAAUCCUUUUUUUUUUCCAUUUAUGUGCUAUUCAGGUCAGUUAGCUUGGGGAAAGCCAGCAUAGCUUUCUCAAAUGCCUUCAAGAUUCUUACACUUCACAUUACAGUUGACCUCAUUAAAACAAUUUGCAAAUCACAUUUCACAUAAGCCACAGAUUGUUUACCAUUUUUGAUGUUGCAGGUCACAAUCAUUAGCAUUUGUCAACGCCCACCCUGUACCUGCUGGUGAAUUGUCAAGUACAUACUAAUCUAAUCUAAAAUGUAACCAGUGAUGGUUAAAAUAGUCACACACUAAUGUUAGAGCUUAGAGGUUGAGUAAGAAAAGUCAUACACAUUUUAGAGGCAACAUUUUUGUCAACCUUUUGAUUUCACUUGUAUGUCUCUUGAAGCCUUGGAGAGUUCUGUAAAUCUGUAACCACACUUCAACCCAGAAAUUGUGUCAACCAAUAUUCAAUCAAUGGCUGGGGUUGAGCAGAAGUAAGAUCACUGAGGGGGUAAAAUGUUAAUCAUUUCAUAAAAAAAACAUUAUUUACAUUUCUGAAAUAUCAACGUGGCAUGAGUAUUAUUUUUGGCUGGUUCAAAUAUUCAAUUUAGGUUUGAUAUCAUUACUAUUUUUGUCAAUAGCCAUGCCCCCCUGACCAAUCAGAAUGAAUUUAUGGAACAAUUUUGUACAUUUAAGUUAGAGCAUCCACAAGCAUAUGUUAUUGUAUGGAUUAUGUGCAAUUUGCUUAAGGCAUUCAAUGUAAGACUUGACUAAGGUGCAUAGUAAAGACUGAAACACUGAUCCAUGAAUGUAGAUAUUAUCAUCAGGUGUGUGUGUGUGUGUGUGUGCGAACGCGAGAGCGUACUCUGUCUGUGGAAUGUUUAAAUGCUAGUCAAAUGUAAAUAUUAUUACUUUAAACUCAUUACCAAUAAAGACUUUGGCAACGUUUAA